AUGGCUGCAGCGGCUUAUGGUCAGCUGAAUUUGGAAGAGUCACCAUCAUGGGGGUCUCGAAGCGUGGAUUGCUUCGAGAAAUUGGAACAGAUUGGGGAAGGGACUUACGGCCAAGUAUACAUGGCCAGAGAAAUUAAAACAGGGGAAAUUGUUGCUUUGAAAAAGAUACGCAUGGACAACGAGAAAGAAGGGUUUCCUAUUACUGCCAUCCGGGAAAUUAGAAUUUUAAAGAAGCUGCGGCAUGAAAAUGUUAUUAAGCUGAAAGAGAUUGUGACAUCUCCAGGUCCUGAGGUGGAUGAGCAAGAGAAAUCAGAUGUUAAUAAGUACAAGGGCAACAUUUACAUGGUUUUUGAGUAUAUGGACCAUGACUUAACAGGCCUUGCUGAUCGUCCUGGAUUGCGAUUUACUAUUCCACAGAUCAAGUGUUAUAUGAGGCAACUACUGACGGGGCUUCAUUACUGUCACAUCAAUCAAGUACUUCACAGGGACAUCAAAGGCUCUAAUCUUCUCAUUGAUAAUGAGGGAAAUCUAAAGCUUGCAGAUUUUGGGCUAGCACGGUCAUUUUCACAUGACCACACUGGAAAUCUCACAAAUCGAGUUAUUACUUUGUGGUAUAGACCUCCAGAGUUGCUGCUUGGAGCCACCAAGUAUGGUCCAGCUGUCGACAUGUGGUCUGUUGGUUGUAUCUUUGCUGAGCUUUUGCAUGGGAAACCAAUAUUACCUGGGAAAAAUGAGGUUAGGCAUAUCUCUUGA